AAAGCGGGUUUCAAUUUCAAACCCAAGUAGUCCGACCGACGAGCCAGUGGGGGGAGCGGUUAUAUCAAGGCGUUAAUUUAUCGCGCCUAGUCGUAGUAAUAAUAUUUAUUCCAUAGCUGUAUGUAUUUAUUAUUGUGGUUACACCGCAUUGCUCUAAAUCGACGAAAAAAGUCGCCCACACCGUUCUUCGCCUCAGUUUUCCGCCGCACCUGGUUUAUUGGAUGAUAAAUCGACGUUUGGCUUGUUUGUCGCAGGAGGUGACCACAACGCAUAUUAUACCACAUUAAAACAACCAUUGUGUUUUGAUCGCAAACAUCUUUGACAAAGCAAGCAAUUUCUAGCAGAAACAUGCCGAGAUCCAACAGGCAAAAGGAAUACAAGCCUGGAGAUUUGGUGUUUGCUAAAAUGAAGGGGUAUCCACAUUGGCCUGCGAGGAUUGACGAGUUACCCGAAGGAGCUGUGAAAUCCCCCUCGAACAAGUACCAAGUGUUCUUUUUUGGGACUCAUGAAACGGCAUUCCUGGGGUCCAAGGAUUUGUUCCCGUAUGAUGAAUGCAAGGAGAAGUUUGGAAAAGCAAACAAGAGAAAAGGCUUUGCUGAGGGGCUUUGGGAGAUUGAGAACAACCCCACUGUCACGCACGAAGGCUAUGAGUCAUCAAAGAAGGACAACUCAUCAGAAGGAGCAGGGGACAAAGGCGGCUCUGAGAAAGCAGAAGCCGAAGGUAGCAGUGACGAGGACGAAGGAACUCUGGUCAUAGACGAGAAGAAUGAGAAGGGAGGGACUAAACGAAAAGCAGAGGAAUCCACAGAGGCAUCUCCCAAACGGCCAAAGGAUACAGAGGCAGAAGGUGACAGCAAUAAGUCAAACGCAGAGGCCAAGCUUAACGAUGUGUCUGAACCGAAGGCAACAGCACCUUCCAAGCAGAGCGAGUCGAAACCGGAGGCCCAGGAAAAUGUUCAAGCAGGAGGGCAGCUAACAGCAGAUAAGCCUGUUACAGACAGUGCUUAACAUCAGCUCCGAAGAAAACCAGGAACCUUCGAUGCUUUGGGAAUUCAAGCAUCAACAUGAUUACCUGCAGGAUGCAGAUUUCAGCUGUUUGAUUAAUAGAAGAAUAAAAAAAAAAAGAAAAAAAAAACCUACAUGUUUGUAUUGAGAGACAAACAAAUCCUCAUUUGCCAUUUUUGGGAUAUCAUAUAUCCCAGAAACAAAACAUUUGCUAAUCUGACUUCAAAUUGAAAUGAGCGCUUUCAAGCUCAUAUGUAAAUGGGAUUUUGGUGUAUAUAUAUAUUUUUUAUUUCUAAGUGCAAUUACGUAAUUACAAAGACUGAAUGCUAGGUGUCAAAACAUUUUUCAGUUAGAGGGAAUAAAUAACUACUAUAUAAAAAGAAAAUUUUGAUCAUACACACAGAAAGGACAGAUACUCCCAUUUGAUGGUUUCUAAACAUAAUUAUUGUACAGGGGAAAAAAAAAAAACAAUUUUCACAAUGCUCUUAGCUUUAGUC